AUGGAGGAGGAGACGCCCAAGGCCAAGAAGCGGUCGUCGUCGUCGGUCCUGGGGAGCCUCCGGGAGGCGAUCGCCAAGGUGCGGUUCCUGCUCUCCUUCAGCGCGACGCGGUGGAUGCUGCUGAGAUCCCUGGCCCGCGGCGGCGCGCCGGCGCGGCGCCUCAGCUUCGACUCGCGGCCGGGCCUGCUGGACGUCGAGGACAGCAUCGCGUCGCCGGCCUCCUCCAGCUCAAGGACCUCCAGGUCGGCGAGCCUGGACACGGCGACCACCAGGAGCCUGUCGCGGACCAGCACCAGCAGCGCCGCGGCGUCGCCCGAGGCCCUGAAGAGGGCGUCGUCGGCGUCGUCCAGCGGCGGCGGGUCGCCGGCGGCGGGGGAUGACGACAUCGACCAGCGCGCGGAGCUGUUCAUCGCGAACUUCUACAGGCAGCUGCGGAUGGAGCGGCAGGUGUCUCUGCAGCUGCGGUACGUCAGGGGGAACAGCUGGGACAGGAGUCCUGCCGCUUCUCCUUCUCCUUCUCCUUCUCCUUCAAGUGGCAGUGUUCAUCGGUAG